AUGACCUGGAGAAGCCCAUUGCUGAAUGGAUAUGUCCUAUUGGACCACAGUGAACCGGUUGUUCAGCCAUGUUGGUUGUGCGGAAAUCGAAGUGUUGUAAAGGAUUUACAAGAUGUACAAAUAGUUAAAAUGUCAACAAAUUCUAUGAAGGAUGUACCGGAAGUAGAUGCAAGCAAAAAAGUUCAAGAAGCGGUCCAUAGAUUCAAGCUGUAUGUCAAG